UCUGGUAAUCUCAUGAAUCAAUGUCAAUCAAACACACAAAUAUCUGAAAUUUAGUACUAGUGAAAAGAGAGAAUGAGUUGAUAAGUUUGAUGAUUAUGAUAAUGUCAAGAUACAAUCAAUAAUAGCUAUUGUGAUUCACUUCUGAUGGAUGAAAUAAGAGGCAAAGAUUGGAUUUUUAUGAGGAGGUUGGAAAACUUGGGUCUCCAUGGCAGGUAAAACUGAACCCUCACCACCAAUUCAGAUCUGAGUCUGAAAGGGGAUACCAGUUGGAAUUUGGAAUCUAGUUCGCUAAACAAAACCCAAUUCGUGAAAAUAAACAAGGAAUGAUUUUCCUAAAUGAAAACGGAAAGAAGGCUAAAUUCAGGCAAAUCAAUUUUCCAUUAUAAAUACACCUUGAUUUUGUCAAUACUUCUGCUUUAAUUCAAUCAAAGAGUUAGGUUCUUCUUCAGCUUCCUUCCAUGGCAAAAUCAGAGUCAACAGAUCACCAGAGAAGUGAACGGAAGCUCCCACCAUCACCAAAGGUAGCACCUUGGCUUGUUUACCCAUAUGGGAAGUUAUUUAAGUUUCAAACUUUUUGUGAUAUUUUUGAUUUAGAUAGUAACAAAUCUUUCAAAAAAUUCAUACCGGAGUUGAGUAUUAAAAAAUAUUGGCAGAAAAAUUCUCAUCAAGGAUGGGUAAUCGUUCUUAAUUUUGAUGAUGAAGACCCGAAUUUCAAUUAUAAAGAAUUUUUUCUGUGGAAUCCUGCUUCACUAGAAACCAUAGUUUUACCUAGUCUACCAGAUCUGGUAGAAGAUUAUUCUAUCAUAGAUUGUGUUUUGUCUUCACCUCCUCAGAACAGCAUAAUUAGCAGCAGCAGUAACAGCAGCAGUAGCCUUAGCCAUUGUGGUAGUAGUAGUAGUUUUAGCUGCAGCGAUGAUGAAGAUAAUGUUGAUUAUGAUUCAAUGGUUUAUAUCCUUUAUGAUGGAGAUGAAAGUCCAGAUGUUCUUAUUUAUUGUCACCCUGGUGAAAAACAAUGGAGAAUACAUGUCUUUGUUGAUGUGGGUCAAAGUCUUGAAUCGAUGUUUUAUUUUAAGGGUAAGUUGUACGUAAUGUGUUUGAACAAUGUUCACAUCGAGAUAGAAAUACAAUAUGGUUCUGAUACGGAGGAUGCUGAAAUUCUCAGUGUAAGUGAUGCUAUUAGUGUCGGUUACAAUUCCGGAAUUGAUGUGGUAGCAGGAGGUUUAGAUAAUCGGUGUCAUUUUGAUCAUGUAGAAUCUUUCGGUGAAGUAUUUCAAAUUUUUAGAAAUUACUUUCCGAGAGGUAUUUACGAAAACUGUGUAACCGGCAUAUAUGUAUGGAAACUAGAUUUCUCUUCAAUGACUUGGGAGGAGAUGAAAAGUAUGGAUGAUCGUAUCUUCUUUUUGGGUGGUCAUACACAACUGUCUUGCUUGGCCUCAGACUUGGGUUUAGCAAAGGGUUGUGUCUAUUUUACACAAGCUAAAGAGAUGAGCUUGUAUAAAUAUGACUUGGAAGAUGAUAGUAUUCUGCUUUCUUUUCCAUGUCCCAAUCUACCAGCACCAUGGUACCCGCCUAAAUGGUUGAUGAUUUCUGCAACUCCAAGGUUCGAUGUAAGAACAGGAGCAACAGACCAUGUGUCAGAACAGAACGAAAGUAUACAUAAAGUUAUUGGGGCAACGGAAAACCAAACAGCAGAUAAAGAAGGAAAGAAAGGGGAUGUUAAAGAAGCAGGACCGCGGAUCAUGCUCAAGGAUGAUCAUAUGGUAUGGUUGAUAUCAAAUUAUCUGUAUACAUUGGAUUACAUACAUUUUCGUGCAGUCAGUAAAAACUUCUGGAGGAUGUUAAAUUUGAGAAGAUCCUCAUCUACUAGGACAGUGCAAACCACAGAUUUAUCCCCAUGGCUGGUUUUCCCUAAGCAUCAAGCCGUCUACAAUUUCAUAAAUCCAAUGCAUAAUAAUGAGAACUACCUCAUGAACAUCCCUGAAUCGUUAAAAGGUGCUAGAAUUCAGUUCUCAAAAGGUGGGUGGUUGCUCUUGUCAAAAGGCGAGACUUUGUUCUUCUACAAUCCCUUCACAAGAUCAACUGUCAAACUUCCAGACUUGCCAGAUUCGUACCAUCAUUUUGCUUUCACAGGUAUCUCAUUCUCCUCCUUGCCGACUUCUCCAGAUUGCAUAGUCUUUGGCAUUGGUGAUAGAUGUGAUGAUAGGGUUGAAAUCUUAUUUAUCAAGCGGGGAGAUGAAUCUUGGAUACACAAUAUCUUUGAUAACAUUUAUUUACCUUCCAGAACGAAUAAUGUGAAUUUCCAGCUAAACUAUAACAAUCCAGUUUCCCACUCUGGAGCUUUCUAUUGCUUAGACCUAAACGGAACUUUGGGGGUAUUUAAAUUAGGGCACGGCAUUAGUUGGGGAAUUCUAGCUAUGGUAGCCCCGCCAAAUAGCGAGUUUAUCUAUAAGAGUUUCUUGGUGGAGUGUGACGGAAAACUUAUGUCCGUUUUGUUGGGCCAUUUAGGAAAAUGGGUUCGCAUUUUCCGAUUGAACGAUACUGAAAUGGUGUGGGUUGAAGUCAAAUGUUUGGGGCGGUAUAUGUUGUGCAUUAGCAAUACAGCUUGUGUUUCUGCAAUGGCUCCGACUAGUCGUAUGGAGAACAAGAUCUACUUUCCGAGGUUGCAUAAUGAAGGGAUUUUGUAUUACUCUCUUGAUACAGCUGGAUUGAACCUAAUUGGUCAGAGAUCUCAGAUCACUAUCUCGACUGGCUUAACAUCUGAAUGUAGAAGUCCUAUUGUAAGGAUGCGUUUAUUUUUAUUUUGCUGUGUCUGUAUUCGGUAUCCACGCCCAUAUUGGUAUUCCUGCAGAUGAUUUUCCUGUACUUUUUCGUGCACCCUACAUAUUGCUGAACCUAUGUCAAGUUUGGCAUUCUCAUUACAUAUUCUUACUGCAAAUCCACUAUAAAGAAAACAAGUCCAUGAACAUUGUCAUUAUAAUUCUAGCUCUGUACACUAUAAUCUAGACUUUACUGGUGAUCUUUACCAUAUUCUUUUUGGCAGUUCAAGGUAACAGUGAAGAGUCCUUGUCAUGUUGAAUUAUCUCUGUCCGCAUCCGACUUGGUUCGAGGCAGAUCGUUUUUUUAAAUUUUUUUGUUAAGCUUUCUGAGUCUGACUCGGCAAGAAGAGGGGAAGUUGUUAAUACAUCUUGUCCUUCUGUUCAUCUCCAGUUGGUUUGUUAAGAAAGUUGCACCUUUGCGAUGAUUCUGCACCCUUAUUUGGCUGUUCUUGGGGUAUGUAAUUUCGUUGUAACAACUGCUAUUUGGACUUAAUGUGGGAUCUGGUUUGAGUUUCUGAGAGGGGAAUGCGAAUAUGUGAUCUUGAACUGAGGUGGUACGGGAAGUGAUUCUGCCUACCCACUGACAGGAUCAAUCGGUUUCUCACUGGGUGUUUGAUCCUUAGAUUGCUACAUUUGUUCGUAUUAUUGCUCAUGUUGUCAUGCACAAUGUUUGUCAAUUUAGGCAAUUUUUAAUGUUAGUAAUGUUGGUAUUGCUUUGCAGCAAGUUGAAGUUACGAGGAUCCACUCAAACUUCAAAGUUGAAGAAUACUAUGGAGCUAAGGGGGUUGACGAGUGGAGUGUAGAAUAUUAGGAGAGCGAAAGAAAAAAGAAUGAUGUGAUAGUUAUGACCCUCCAGAUACUUUGGGAUGCUAUGAGGAAAGCAUUCCUCAGUCUUGAUAUGGUUUGGAAACCAUUCUUACACAGAUAUAUUGAAGGAUUUCUAUAACAGGUCUAGAAACAAGCCAAAGAUACUGGAAUGACGGCUUCCCCUGUUAUAUAGAAAGGCAAGAAACUCCCGCAAGUACUAUCAAAAGUAUUAAUGCAGUUGAUUUUUCUUAAAUUGGUCCUUCAUAUGCCUCUGCAUCCGGGUAUCUUGUCUGCGGAAACUUGUAAUGAUCAAAUGGCUUCGCAGAAAAUCAUCUUAGAGUCCAAGAUUUAUACAGUAGAACACAGAAAUGAAGUAGUACUGUUUGUUCUAUUAUCAAAGAAGUCAAAACAUAUUACGACCCCAAUUAUGAGACCCUAUGGUGUUUCCUUAUGAAGAUUUAAAAACAGAGCUGGUAUCUUCCUGGUCAAAGGACAAUACGAAAUACAGAAAGAAUAAAUAGCAGUGGAGGACACCGUUGGAGUGUAUAUUUACUGUAUGCACGAGUCUGCCUUAUUGAUAAUACGGGGAGAUUUUAGCAGUGACAAGAGUUCAACUAAUAUUAUUAGUUGCCUCUGUUCGAAGCACAGACACUUUCUACAGAGACAUUAGCAGCCUAAAAAAAGCUAUAUAACUCCCAAGUUAUAUGGCUGAUUCAAACAUUCAAUGCUUUAGGGAUGUUAGAAAUUUACGUUGCCGUAUCAUUGUUAAGAGAAUUAUCACAGCGAAAGUGAUUGAAAGACUAUAUCCCAUUUCACAGUUGCAUAUUUGUCCGAAGGAAUUGGUUUGGCGGACGCAUUGGAACCAAAAGUAGAAAAGGAGAGUCUAGAUGCCACCUGACAUAAGUUUCUAUGCUAGCUUGGCUCACUUCAAAAUUUUGCUCCGGGAAGGUAAUUAGCCCCUGUGCUGUGCGAUUUGAUUUACUAAAAGAGUUUGUAGCUAUGUUCAGUCUAGCGGUUGAGCUCGGCAGAGCUAUUCAUGGUAUGUAAUGAUGCUUGAUAGGCACUUACGCCAAAUGCAAUUUUUCAACUUUCAUCCUUUGGAGGGGCUUAUGAAUGUGUAUGAAUUUACCCCUAACGUGCCGUUUCAAAGAUUAGUUGGUUCUAAUGUAUAAAUUCACAGCUGUCAUAGCAGUUGGUAUGUCUUGAAGCAUGCAAGAAACUGCAUCAACUGGGAGUAUAUGAUGAAAUGGUUAGAUAUACCCGGCUAGAUUGUGCCAUCAUUGAUUGAUGCAGCCAUUAGCAGAGAAUCUCUAUGGUGUUCCUCACUGAAAGCAGAACACAUGCAUCUUUGUAAGAAAUUGAGAGGGUUGGGUUGGCAAGAUUAUUUACUGGAUGUGCAUUUUUACCUUGCAUUUUGUCAAGAUCGAACCACAAAGAUGUUGAUCAUGAAAAUUGUCCUCAAUUUUCAGCAACAUCUUCAUCUGGACUUCUAAAUACAAAGAAUUAAAUACCCGAAGGUAAGUUUAUAUUGCCUGACUUUUUUUCUUCGCAAAAGCUGAACCCUUUCUUCAUAUGUUUUCUGCUUCAGGCUUUUGGAGAUUUAUGAUAUUUUUGAUUUGUUAGGCAGUGAGUAUGAUUCUAAUGAACACCGAGCUUAACCUUGAUAUACAGUAGUCUGAAAAGUAUUUAAGCCACUACUCUCCCCGAUCGUUACACCUGAGAAACUGGAGAUGGCGAGUAUUAUGGAACUCCGUAGUCAUCUUACUUUGAGGAACAGAUGUGUCGGAGAAUUGAUUCAUGGUGAGCUAUGGUUACAAACAAAAAGACUGCAGAAUGCCCAGGCUGUUGGUCAUUUAUUAAAAGACUCGGUGGUUUUUUUUCUAUAAAUCUUUUGUAGUCUGUUCUGCUUUGUCCCCUGCCAUGAAUAAAAAAUAUAUAAAAAAAAUGAAUCAAUAAGCCGUUGCUGACAAUUGUUUGAA